CAGGGUACACGAACUAUGGGCUUUUUAAACUGGGAAUCGUGAGGCGUAAACAGGAAAAAAGGUUCUCAUGUUCGUUAGCCCGCUAUUGGAGCCAGUCAGAUCCUUAUUGGAAAAAGGGACGCAGAAUUCAAAAUAUUGAUCCAAUCACAACGGUCGAAUUACGCCUGAUCCAAAGGAUAGCUAGCAAAUCCAUAACAGAGAGAGGAGAGAGAUGGGAGAAGGAAAGGCGAAAAGAAACACCGGAAACCCUAAUCCCGAACAAGGAGAAAAUGAUCAAACGCCACCGACUUUAUGUGAAGCAGGAGGAGAAGAAGAAAGAGCAGGAAAAGGAGGGAGCAAGUUUUACGCGUAUAUCUACUAACUUCGCUUUCCCCAAGAUUCAAAGGUUCCUCUUAUAUCGGGUUUACAGUGAAUCCUCGUCGCAGAAUAAGGCAACACAACGGGGAGAUAGGGAGCGGUGCUUGGAGGACCAAAAGAGGCGACCGUGGGAGAUGGUCCUUUGCAUUUAUGGCUUCCCCACCAACGUUGCCGCUCUCCAGGUACAUGUUACACGAUUCAAUUCUGUUGCACUAGCAGUGAGUUAGAUGUUACCUUUUGUA